AUGGCUCGUAAGUGGGGAUAUGAGGUAAAAGGGCUUAAAAAAGACAGUGCAAAAAUCAUCUUUUGCAACAACAACUAUUGGGGAAGAACAAUCGCUGCAGCAAGUUCUUCCACCACUCUCGAGAACUACAGACACUUUGGUCCGUUUACACCCGGAUUUGAGUUGAUUCCUUACGACGAUUUGCAAGCUCUAGAGAAGGCUUUGCAAGACCCUCAAGUGGCUGCCUUCUUUGUUGAGCCGAUCCAAGGGGAAGCAGGGGUGGUGGUGCCGCAGCGGGGGUAUCUAAGGGCAGCAGCAGAACUCUGCCGCGAGCACAACGUGCUGCUGAUAGCUGACGAAAUUCAAGCGGGUUUAGGGAGGAGUGGGAAGCUGCUAGCUUGUGAUUGGGACUACGUGAGACCUGAUGUCGUGUUGCUGGGAAAGAGCAUAUCAGGAGGCGUCUUGCCUUGUAGCGCCGUUAUUACUGACGCACAUAUUAUGCAAGUCUUCUCUCCAGGCACACAUGGAUCUACAUUUGGUGGCAAUCCACUUGCAUGCGCUGUUGGCUAUGAAGCACUCAGUGUGCUACUUGAAGAAGGAAUGCUCGAAAAUUCGUGCAUCCAAGGAGAACUAUUACGCAGCGAACUUCAACGCCUUAAAGAUAAACAUAAACUUCACUUCAUAAAGGAUAUUCGAGGGAAAGGUCUCUUUAAUGCCGUCGAAAUAGACGGAAGCAGCGGAGAAUGCAUGCACUUAUGCAUGCAACUCAAAGAAGAAGGCCUCCUCUGCAGACCUACACGAGGCACAGUACUACGAUUCCUCCCACCCCUCAAUAUCACAGAGGAACAAAUGAAAGAAGCUAUUGAACGGAUUGCGAAGGUCUUCCUCAGGAAAACAUCUUAA